AUGCAACAAUACAAAUUUCAAACCAAGGUGAUAAGUUGGUGCGAUUCUAAGGGAAAUGAGCACACAAAUAAAAUAAUUCUUCAGAAUCAAAAUGGUCCGUGUUUUGUGAUUUCAUUAAUCAACAAUAUUAUAUUAUCACAGGAACUUAAAGAUUCCAAAGAAUGGCAUGUUGUUGGUUCCUCUACUCGAAACAAUUCUAGUUCUCGACAGAACAACUCCGCUGGGCAAAAUGUAAAUUUAUCAGUUGAUCUUGGUGACAGUCUACCACCUGUGGUUAAAACUACAGAUAUUCAAAAUUUGAAUGCGCUUCUUGCCAGGAGUGAAAAUGUGUCUUUGAAUGCCUUGCUUGAUGAAUUGACGAAUAUCUUGUUUGCUGUAAAUGAAAGAUGCUCUGUGACAUUAGGCGGUCCAGUAAUUGACAUGAAGGCUGUUCUGGAUACGCUUCCAUCAAUUGAGACUGGUCUAAAUAUUAAUUUACAAUUGGAUAAACCGGUGAUUAAUGAUUUUGCCGAAUAUACACCUAUAGUGAACGAGCUACUCAAUAUAUUCGAUAUCAAAAUAUUACAUGGCUUUAUUGCGGACAGUGAUGAAUUAAGUAAAUCGGAGAAAAGUAUGCAUUUUGAUAAGAUCCAGGAAACAAUGGUGGAGGCUCUGGAAUUGCACCCAGAAUUGAAUGACUACACGGAAAUUCAGGAAUAUAAUAACAAAAAUGAAGGUAAUAACAUUGACGUUGUGAAACAAUAUUUUCGACUUAAAAGGUUUCUUGAGAAGAAUAAAACGCAGUUAACAAAGAAGGGUAUAGAUAUUCUUAAAACAGAUGAUUCCAUUUUAAAUGAUAACCAAUUUGGAAUCUUCUUCAGAAACGAUCACUUUAGUACAAUUUAUAAAGCUGGACGAAAUAUAUAUUUGCUUGUUAAUGAUGAAGGAUUUAAAGAUGAACCAAAUAUUAUUUGGCAGGUCUUGGCAAGUAUUAGCGGUGGCAAAGAUGAAUUUUUGACUGGUAAUUUUGAAAAGCCGGACCCUGCAUUAUUGGAGAAAAACGCCAAAAGAAGACUUGAAAGUCCGAAGACCGUGGAUUUGACUGGUGAUGAGCUUUUAGCCAGGCAGCUGCAGCAAGAAGAAGAUGCGGAGAUUUCUAAAUCUCUUCAAAGGAAAUAUGAUGAUGAAAGCCAACAGAUUGAAUUAAAAAGGAAGCGAAAAGUGAAGAGAAAACGAAGUAAGGGGAAACGUAAUCAGAAACGUCGGGAAGAGGACACAAGAAUUCAAAACAAAACGAAUGUGGAACAAGGCUCGGAUAAAAAAGAGGCGAAGAAAUCUGACAGCGAAGGAUGUGUUAUACAGUAG